GGAAGCGGCAGUGAAGCAGUGUCGAUCGGCAGCUUCGUACGGUGUGGAGUUUGCUCUGCACGCUCUUGACGGUUGAGCGGUUGUUUAUUGUGUGCUGAUCGACUGGUGUGCGUGUCUAUUCCUAACGUGCCGAUCACGCACUCACACACGCACGAGCGCGGGGUUUCAGCGGACAGUCGUCCAGUUAACGACUUCUCGGACGGUCAGGGUUAAGCUGUUUGGCAUUGGAUACAGUGGCGAAUGAAAUAGAAGCCAGAGAUGUAAGAAUGCUUAUGAUCAAAAUAUUUUGAACAGCUACAUCUUCGGCUCUAAAAAAUUACAUGUUGGUACAAAUGAUACCAGUAACUUACUUAAAGUUAGUGGGACAGAAUUAGGAAUAGUUGUCCCGAACGCAAUUUUUAUAGUUUUUUUUUUAUAAUUUCCAUUGCAAUAUCCAUCAUAAUGUUUAGUUAAAUGAACACUUUUUUAUGAAAAUUGACAAUCAACCAUAAAACCACUGCCCUCAGACGACCCAGUUGGUGGUGCAAUAAUUAAUUAAAAAACCAAACUUUCUCCCGCUGCUGGAUAAACGGCUCCGAAGCGUAACGCCGCCUCACCGCCCCAAGCUCGUAACGCUGCGGAACAAGAGAGAAACGUGCGCAUUGGAAAGGGACGGCUGGCACGUGCAGGUGUAGGAAUUUUUGGAAGCUGAAACGUGUUUACCUGUGGUCCGAUUCCGAUACCGUCAGUUCGAGACCCGACGUCGUUGCUCGCACUGUUGUUUUCGCUGUGAGAGAUCGAACCUCCAGGGUGUAAACAGUUAUUUCAAAGUGUUGGUACAUCUCGGCCCUCUUCUGUUCUGUCAACCAUCAACCAUCAAGCGAUCAACAUGACGAGUUCGCCGUUCGCCACAAUUAACGAUGCAGCUCUGCGAUCGUACAUCUUCUGGUCCUCGGUGCUGGUGAUGAAGAUGUUGUUCAUGUCACCGCUAACGUCACUGAACCGCAUUCGGAAGAUGGCAUUUGCCAGUCCCGAAGACACCAGAGUGAUCAGCAAGAAGCUAGUGCCCAAGUACGACGAUCCGGACGUGGAGCGUGUGCGCAGAGCGCAUCAGAACGAUCUGGAAAACAUUCUGCCGUUCUUCGUCAUCGGCUUCCUGUACCUGCUGACCAAUCCGGCACCGUGGCUGGCCAUCAAUCUGUACCGCUUGGUGGCCGCUUCGCGCAUUUUGCACACGAUCGUGUAUGCCGUCGUGGUCAUUCCUCAGCCGGCCCGCUUCCUUGCCUUCGUGGGUGCGAUGAUGCCAACGGCCUACAUGACCCUGCAGACGAUACUGUACUUCAUGCUGUAGGCGGUGGUGAUGGAUCAGUUGAUUAGAAGCAAGGAAUAAAUAUUUACUGCCGGGUGAGGCUUUGGUCGGUUUUCAGGGAAACAA